AUGUAUCAACCGUUUUAUUGUUAUCAAUGUGUGAGCAAUGUAGGUCAUGCCAUCCCACCAGGAGCUGUGAGAUCUAGAAGCUCAUCUGGUCCUGCCAUGCCACCAGGAGUAACAAGUGCUGCAUCUUCAGCUCCUAAUAACCACACUCGCAUGACUCUGGAAGCAUUAAUGAAUGCUCCUUCCAGAGAACUUCAGCCACACCUCCAUCCGAGGAAACUCAAUGGCGCUUUAUGGUUUGGUAUAGACCCCUCUGUUCACAAGUUUAUCAAAACAACUUGGCAAGCUUACUACAUGGGACCAUGGAGGAGCUGGAAAUUCGUUCCUGAUGAGAGGAAAGAUAAGUGGUGGCAUACUUUUGUGCAAAACUACUACUGGGAGGCUCGGUUUAAUGAUGAAGUGUACUACAAAUGGAAAGCGCACACACAGACUACGAUUUGUGGCAAAAUUAGCAAGAAAAAGAGAGAAAACCAGAAGCCCAAGUACAUAAGUGAAGCUGACUGGACCACUCUGCUGGAGUAUUGGUCAACUGAACCGGCAAUCAAGAAUAGUAAGGAUGCGGCUACAUACCGCACAUCAAACCCCGAUGGAAAACGGAUGCACAAGCAUUGUGCAGGUCCUCAAAGUUUUUUGAAGAUCGAGUAUGAUAUGAUGGUGGAGUCUGGUCUUGAUGAACCACCACCUUACACGGAGCUUGUGCGAAAGACACACACACGAGAUGGAAGUUUCAUUGACAGUCGAGCUGAGACUCUUGUCCUUGAAGUAGAGGAAGUCGUAGCACAGAUGGAAACUGAUUCUGUUAGCCAAACCACCUCAACUGCUGCAACUCCUUCUCGCCUUCUCCUUAACCAAGAAUUUCUCAAGCGAAGUAAGACAAGCCGAGGCCGAGUAUAUGGAAUAGGCAGUGUGCAGCACAAGGAUUUCAUUCCUACUGAGUCAGUCCAUGCAUCUCUUAAUCGCAGCAUUGAUACGGACAUGCGUAUGUCCAGUUUGGAGACUAAUUCUGAAGCUGUCAAGACCAAUGUCGAAACUCUCAAGUCAGACAUGACUGAACUCAAGGGAAAUGUGGUGGCAAUGAAGGAUGAGAUGAAGGAGGAGCUAGUGGCCACAAGAGCUGCACUAUUUGCAUUCCUGGAAAAGUUUGCAGACUCUCGGACUCAUGCUGCUGUGCCUACACCUUCUCCUCCUCCAGCUUCUGUUCCUCCUAAUACCACAAACCCGGCUCAAUCUUCCACACCUACACUGACUAAAGACAAUCAAGCUCAAUUAGAUAAGUGGUGUGCUGCUUAUUUAGGAGAACAAAUCUUUUAUUCUAUUUAUGAACCUGUUAAAGUUGAAUGCAGUAUAAGUGUGCUGCUUGUUUGAAUGUUGUUAAAGACAAAACAUAUUUAAUUUAUGUUUAUGUAUGAUAUUGGUUUUAUAUUUCAAAUUUCAGAUUUAUUGCUUUUGUUAUUCUUCUAUAAAGGUUUUAGAAUUACAA